GUGUAAGUGCGUGUGCUCGGGCGAGCGAGCGCGGGCGAGGAUGGGCACGGGAUAGAGGCAGAGCCACCCACCCCGCGCCCCCCAGCUGGGCGGCAGAGCCUCCCGCCCGCCUCCUGUGGUCGCGGGUCGCCAGAACGCUGAUCACUGGGAACCCUUGCCGCUGUCGCCACUGUCCUGAGACCCCGGGCAGGUAUAGACACGUGCAGCAGCUGUCUACACUGUAGGAGCCCAGUUCCACUGGCUCUGGACAUUCUUGGGGGUUUACAAUGCCUCCACCUGCGGAUAUCGUCAAGGUGGCCAUAGAAUGGCCGGGAGCCUACCCUAAACUCAUGGAAAUAGAUCAGAAAAAACCACUGUCUGCAAUAAUAAAGGAAGUCUGUGAUGGGUGGUCCCUUACCAACCAUGAAUACUUUGCACUGCAGCAUGCUGAUAGCUCAAACUUCUAUAUCACGGAAAAGAAUCGCAAUGAAAUAAAGAAUGGCACUAUCCUUCGAUUAACCACAUCUCCGGCUCAAAAUGCCCAGCAGCUCCAUGAGCGAAUCCAGUCAUCAAGUAUGGACGCCAAGCUGGAAGCCCUGAAGGACUUGGCCAGCCUCUCCCGGGAUGUCACGUUUGCCCAGGAGUUUAUAAAUCUGGACGGCAUCUCUCUCCUCACGCAGAUGGUGGAAAGUGGCACUGAACGAUACCAGAAAUUGCAGAAGAUCAUGAAACCUUGCUUUGGAGACAUGCUCUCUUUCACCCUGACGGCCUUCGUGGAGCUGAUGGACCACGGAAUAGUGUCCUGGGAUACAUUUUCAGUGGCAUUCAUUAAGAAGAUAGCAAGUUUUGUUAAUAAGUCAGCCAUAGACAUCUCAAUCCUGCAGCGGUCCUUGGCCAUUUUGGAAUCGAUGGUGCUCAAUAGCCAUGACCUCUACCAGAAGGUGGCGCAGGAGAUCACCAUUGGCCAGCUCAUCCCACACCUUCAAGGGACAGAUCAAGAAAUCCAAACCUAUACCAUUGCAGUAAUUAAUGCACUUUUCCUGAAGGCCCCUGAUGAGAGGAGGCAGGUCGGCGUAGACAGCAGUGUUGACAUCCUUGAUUGUCCUCUGACUGAGAUGGCGAAUAUCCUGGCUCAGAAGCAACUGCGCUCCAUCAUUUUAACACAUGUCAUCCGAGCUCAGCGGGCCAUCAACAAUGAGAUGGCCCACCAGCUGUACGUGCUGCAGGUACUUACCUUCAACCUCCUGGAAGAUAGGAUGAUGACCAAGAUGGACCCCCAGGACCAGGCUCAGAGAGACAUCAUAUUUGAACUUCGAAGAAUUGCUUUUGAUGCAGAGUCUGAACCUAAUAACAGCAGUGGCAGCAUGGAGAAACGCAAGUCCAUGUACACACGGGAUUAUAAAAAACUUGGCUUCAUCAAUCAUGUCAAUCCUGCCAUGGACUUUACCCAGACUCCACCUGGAAUGUUAGCCCUGGACAAUAUGCUGUACUUUGCCAAGCACCACCAGGAUGCCUACAUCCGGAUUGUGCUUGAGAACAGCAGCCGAGAAGAUAAGCAUGAAUGUCCCUUUGGCCGCAGUAGCAUAGAGCUGACCAAGAUGCUGUGUGAGAUCUUGAAAGUGGGUGAGCUGCCUAGUGAAACCUGCAACGACUUCCACCCAAUGUUCUUCACCCAUGAUAGAUCCUUUGAGGAGUUUUUCUGCAUCUGUAUCCAGCUCCUGAACAAGACGUGGAAGGAAAUGAGGGCCACUUCAGAAGACUUCAACAAGGUAAUGCAGGUGGUGAAGGAGCAGGUUAUGAGAGCUCUUACAACCAAGCCUAGCUCCCUGGACCAGUUCAAGUGCAAACUGCAGAACCUGAGCUACACUGAGAUCCUGAAAAUUCGCCAGUCUGAGAGGAUGAACCAGGAAGAUUUCCAGUCUCGCCCAAUUUUGGAACUAAAGGAGAAGAUUCAACCAGAAAUUUUGGAGCUGAUCAAACAGCAGCGCCUGAACCGCCUCGUGGAAGGGACCUGCUUUAGAAAACUCAACUGCCGGCGGAGGCAAGACAAGUUUUGGUAUUGUCGGCUUUCACCAAACCACAAAGUCCUGCAUUAUGGAGACUUGGAAGAAAGUCCUCAGGGAGAGGUGCCCCAUGAUUCCUUGCAGGACAAAUUGCCAGUGGCAGAUAUCAAAGCUGUGGUGACGGGAAAGGACUGCCCUCAUAUGAAAGAGAAAGGUGCCCUUAAACAAAACAAGACAUUUUGGACAGGUGGCAGCUUCUGGAGUGUUAACCCACGGAGUACCACUGCUCCCUGCCCUGCAGCCUUCCUGCUCAAAGUGCUGAAGAUCUGACCUCCACCAGUGACUCAAUGACAGCAAGCCAGAGAUGUCAAUAAAACUCAUUAUAAGUGAUGGCAGCCUUUAAUGCAGGCAUGUGGUUCAGAGAAUUAAUUCCUCCCACCCCUCCCAGGCAACUUUGGUAAAAUUAAAGUGGGGAUUGACAUCCUCAUGAAUUUCCCAUUUCCUGCCUGUGUUUAUCAGGAAUCUAGGUCAUGACAGCUGUGCUCAUUCACGCCUUCACUGGUAUGUGCCUUAGAAGGGCAAAGCCCAGUGCUAGCAGGCCCCCUCCCUGUUCUUCCUUCUCCGUGCUCCUGCAGAAGAGAAAAUGUCACUCUGACACUCUGGACUCAAGUGACUUCGGCAUCUAGUUGAGAGGCUGAGUCUGGGCUCUGGCAGUGACCACAUGACUAUCAUCAGCAAGGGAGUGAUCACCCGAAGCAAAGCAAUUGCCAUCUAUCGUCAGCCCAGAGAUCCGUUCAUGAAUUUCAACUUUGCAUGUUGACCUCCCAAGGUCACCCACUAGCUACUGCAAUGAACUGACUGUUCAAAAGCAAGACCUGCCCUCUACUUUCUCUCCAGUCUCUCAAGUAUUAAAGUUUUCCUAACAAAGGUUAGAAAAGACAGUAUCAUUUAUAUUAAUGUUCCUAAUCUAAGAACAAUUCUAUGAAUUUAUGAGGUUAGAGUUUAACAUUUUAUUGACAAAAAGUUUUAAGUUUUUUGAAUGAAAAAAAAUAAUCAACUAUGAUCCCCAAACCUUAACAUAAUCAUUUUCAUUCCAUGUAUUCAUGUCCAGUCUCUGUCCACAGGUAGACAUUGUUCAUAAUGAUCAGUAUGUAAAUAAUUUCCAUCUCUCCUGCUUUUUUUCACUUACGAUCAGGUCUUCACAGUUAUCAUAUUGAAUGGCUGGCUGAAUACAUUUCUCUGGGUGGCUAAUUUGCGGUUUCUGUAAUGGUUUGCCCUGAGAAAGGAGGACAUUUAUUUAGUUUCUAUAUUAUGUUCUUUCAGAUAAUAAUGCAUACAGCUUCUGCUUGCUUAGACUGCUAGGUCUUGAUAUGCUUUGCCUACCUGACUCUUUUAAAAGGGUGACACCAAUUUAUGGUACUCUGCGUAGGGCCCAUGACCAUUUUCAUUAUAAACUAAAAGACCUGAGAGAGAUGCCAAACUUAAUGGAAAAAUUAUUUUUGUUUGUUUUGGUGACCUCUUUUUUAAUAUUAUCUAUCUUCACUGGUCAAAGCUGAAUGGAGACUAAGGAAGAAAAAAUGAAAAAGGAGGAGGGGGUAGUUUUGCAGAAUAGCUACCAUCUCUGUCAAUGACUCAACGUUCUUUCCUUCACUUUUACUUCUGGCAAGGUGAGGAGGCCGUAAGAAAGUGAGAUACUGGUAGGUCUGAGCUUGUAACAAGAGCUGCUCCCUCUCAGUGAGGGGACAGCUGGAGGGGAGCCAGACACAGAUGAACUCCACGAGAGCCACAAGUGGCCCGAUGGUUGACUGUGGCAAGAGAGGUGUCCAGCCACUGCUGGGCUUGCAGAGUUCACUUUGGAGGAAUUCUUUAACCCAUUUGAAAUUCUGAAACCUGGAGGUACUGGCCUCUCUUUCUGCCUUCCCCCUUUCCAGGGCAUUCUUGCUGUGAGUUAGCAGCCAAAGGCAAAGCCUCUUGACAGACACUAAGGCAGGGAAUGAAGGGGAGGGAUCUGCCACCCUAAGAUAGAAUGCCUCCUGGGCAGGUACUGAGAGGGCAGCUUCCAGAUCACAGCAGGGGAAGAGGGACAGUCACCAACGGUGCCUAAUGACACAGAGAAGGAAGGUAGAACACCACAUGUGGCUUAUAAGGAUACAUGGAAUUGAUGUGGGUACACUCGGCCCUUCCCUUCCAUAUUGGAGCCAUUAGGCUCCAGGGUGUGUGAUGAUUUCCAUCUUUCAAAGGUUGUGUCCUGCUGAUGGCUCAGGCCAGUAGAAUAAUCAAUCCUUAUAUCCAAAUUGUACAGCACAUACAAUCUGAGAGUUGUAUCCUAAUGUACAUAUUAAACACUGAAAGCCUUGGCCAAGACCAUUCAGCUACCGUGCAAUGUGUCACUUAGUCCUUGGUCUUGUGCAUCUGGUUCAUAGUCUGCACUCAACAGACAUUCACCAAUGAAUGAACUCAGAUAUUUUGACAUCAGGCCCAUGCUUCUCCUUUAUAUCCUGCAGCCUCUUUAGGUUAAAGUCCAGUUUUUGUGUAGCCUUUGCUCUGCAAUAGCUCAAAGACCAAAGGCCA